CACCGUGGAUCUUGGGCGGGUCUGGGGAAAUUACUUCACCGACGAGGCCGACCGCUCCGUGUCCGACCACAGGACCCAGCUCGCCGCCGACCUGGUUGAAUGCUUCUCCGAGGAGGCUUCGCCUCCUCUCACCUGAGAGCUGCGUACCAAUAUAUUAAGAAGAAAAAGGGUUUAGAAACCCAGGGUACAGCCAGGUUUUAUUACGGAAAAAACCUGGACAAGAAAAACCAUGGCUUACAAAAAGAGCCUAAUCACCUGUUAAAUAAAGGAAGAAAGGCCUGACCCUAACUAGCCCUAAGCUAGAUCAACAAGGUGCCAGAGCGAGGAGAUGAGAGACUCCUCUAGCUCCAGCCCAACUCCAUAAGUGCAUCUCCUCUUCUACAGCUGAUAGAACAACAUUUAAGUUUGGAGAGAUUCCAUCAAAGACACAACGAUUUCGGUGAUUCCAAAUUGACCAAGCACCAAGAAUGAUGAUGUAAUUCAGACCCUUUUGAACCUGUCCGUCGACUCUAUUGCUUGUUGUUUCCCGCCAUUCAUCAAAAGAAGCAGUUUCCACCUCCGGAGUUAGGGUCUGCAGGCCAAGUUUCUGUAAUAUCCUAAACCAAACUUGUCAGGUGAAGAUACAAGAGACCAGUAAAUGAUCUAUCGUUUCCUCAGCUUGGUCACACAGCGGGCAGUGUUCUGGAUGUGGCAAAUUUCUUCUAGUGAGGCGGUCAGCUGUCCAACAUCUGUUAUGUGCAGCCUACCACAUGAAGAAUUUGCAUUUAUUUGGGGCCCAACUUUUCCAAAUUCUUUCCCAAGGCCGGAAAGAAGUGGCUCCAAUGAACAAGGACUCAUAGGCAGAUUUUGCUGAAUACUUCCCUGAGGGGGAGAAUUUCCACACGAGUAUCCUCAAUAUCUGGGUGCAGCACAAAGUUUGAGAGGAGGUCCCAAAGGGCAAGAUAUUCUCUUAGGACAGCCAAAGAUAGAGCCCCACGAAUAUCUCUAACCCAUCUCUGAUCAGUGAGAGCAUCCUGGACAGUCCGCUUCCUUGCCCUUGAUGAGAUUGCACCAAAUAAAUUCGGCACAAGAUCAUCGAGCCUCUGUCCAUGGAGCCACCGAUCUGUCCAGAACAAGGUUAAAGAUUUUACCAGUGACAUCAUACCCCUUCCGAUUGACUUCCAGGAGUUUCAGGAAGUAUGCAAGUUUAUUAAAGCUGAACUUGAGGAAUCUCCUAAAGAUGCCUUGCUUUGCAUGGGAGCUGCAGCACAUCUGGUUGUGUUCAGCCAAAAACUUCAAGUUGAGCCACAUCAACAAGAUCAACGUCAGGCUUUACAACACAGGGGCGACAAUUGCUUUAAAGAAACUAAAAGCGGCCUUUAUUAAGAAACUUGUCACAGUGCACGGUACAGUUGUAAAAGUCAGCACUGUGAAGCCUCUUGUUCUGCAACUGAAGUUCAAAUGCAUGAAAUGUACUGAAGAAAUCAAACGUUUGUUCUGUGAUGGGAAAUUUUCACCUCCAAUGUCCUGUGAUACCCCGGGAUGCAAAAGCAGAACCUUCACCCCAGAUAGAUCUAGUGCAGAGUUGAUAGAUGUCCAGAAAAUAAGGAUUCAGGAGCUUGCUAGUGCUGAAGGCCAUGGAGAAGGCCGAGUGCCACGAACUGUAGAGUGUGAGCUUACAGAAGAUCUUGUUGAUUGUUGCAUACCGGGAGAGAUUGUAACAGUAACUGGAAUUGUGAAAGUACUGAACAACUAUAUGGAUGUUGGAGGAGGUACAGGGAAGUCCAAAGGCAGGAAUCAGGGUUUGUACUACCUGUACCUGGAAGCAAUUUCAGUGAGAAACUUGAAGUCCAAUGCUGUUUCAGAUGAAGAAAUUCGGGCCAGUGGAAUAUCCAAUUUUCAGACUUGUAGUGAUAGGGAUCUUGAAUUUGUAGUCAAAUAUAAAGAACAACAUGGCCCUGAUGUAUUUCGGCAGAUGCUUCAGUCCUUUAGUCCCUCCAUUUAUGGGCAUGAACUUGUAAAAGCUGGUAUCACCCUUGCACUUUUCGGUGGUGUGCAAAAGAACUCAGCUGAUCAAAACAAGGUCCCUGUUCGAGGAGACAUUCAUGUUGUUGUCGUUGGUGAUCCGGGACUAGGCAAGAGUCAACUCCUCCAAGCUGCAGCAGCUAUUUCCCCACGAGGAAUAUAUGUAUGUGGGAAUACAACAACAAAGGCCGGUCUAACUGUCGCUGUGGUUAAAGAUUCUUUGACAAAUGAUUAUGCGUUUGAGGCUGGCGCCAUAGUCCUUGCUGACCGUGGAGUUUGCUGCAUAGAUGAGUUCGAUAAAAUGUCGGCAGAACAUCAGGCUUUACUGGAAGCCAUGGAGCAGCAGUGUGUGUCUGUUGCAAAGGCUGGCCUUGUAGCAAGUUUAUCAGCUCGUACCUCUGUGUUGGCAGCUGCAAAUCCUGUUGGUGGUCAUUAUGACCGAGCAAAGACAGUGAACGAGAAUCUAAAGAUGAGUGCUGCGCUCCUCUCUCAUUUUGACUUGGUUUUCAUUCUACUUGACAAGCCAGAUGAGAUGCUAGAUAAAAGAGUGUCAGACCAUAUAAUUGCUCUCCAUAGUAAUGACAGAGAUCACAGUGCAUCCAACAAGAGGAUUAAAACAGUGUCACCAUGUAAUGUUGAUCUGGGAUUUGGAGUUGGUGGAAAUUCAUUUGCUUCAAGGCUGAGGUUACACCCAGAGAAAGACAAAAUUUUUGCUCCAUUGGCUGGACAACUUCUUCGCAAGUAUAUAUCUUUUGCAAGAGAACAUGUUCACCCAAGAAUGUCAAAAGCAGCAGGUGAUAUUUUGCAAGAAUUCUAUUUGAGGUUGAGAAAGGGGAGCACUUCUGCUGAUGGUACGCCCAUCACAGCCAGGCAGUUAGAAAGCCUUGCCAGAUUGGCUGAAGCUCGUGCUCGUGUGGAUCUAAGAGAUGAAGUGACUGCAGAAGAUGCUAAGGAUGCUGUAGAGAUCAUGAGAGAAUCCUUGUAUGACAAAUAUGUUGAUGAAAACGGUUGUGGGGACUUUACUCGGAGCGGUGGGAUGAGCCAACCCAAGGAGGCAAAGCGAUUUAUGAAUGAGUUAAACAAGCAAUCUGAGUUGCAGCAAAAAAGUUACUUUUCGAGAACUGAGAUUUACAGCUUAGCUGAUAAGAUCAGCUUGCGAGUUCCAGACGUAGAUGCCCUCGUGGAAAAUCUUGACAUUGAAGGUUUUCUUCUGCAAAAGGGAUCAGGAAUGUAUCAGCUGGCAGCAUCAUCAUAUUCACAGUACCAGCCAACAAGAUCAAGAUGAUGUAUGAUACAAGGCUAUGCUUAUCCAUAUGGCUGCACUGCUAGCCUGCUUACAUGACGUGAUGUACAGGCGAUUGAAAUACAUGAGACGUUGGAUGACAGCUAAUUUUGGUAACUUGAUGUAUGACAUGGUUUAGCUACAGUUGCUACUAUGACCAUUACAAUCAUGUAUAGGUUUUUCUAGUUUGCUAAUGGAACAUCCAAAAUUCCAGAUGAUAUAUUUUGUGCCUCUUACACUACCCGAUCACUAGUAAAACAUGCAGCACGCUUGUAAAUAGCCCCCUGUGCCCCGUACCAUCGUAUUGUUGCUGAUGUUGUGCUCCAGUGCUUGAGAAGGCUAGUUCUUGCA